UCUGUUCGCCGCCUCUGCCGUUGCAGCUGGAGCAAUGCGCGGGGCACGAUGUGCUCCAGUCGGAAGAUCCUAUGGAGCCUGCUGUUGCUGUCCGUGCUGGAGGUGGGCCUGGGUGUGGCUAGCAUCGUCCUGGGGGCCGUGGGAAUCAGCGCUGUCCGGGGAGAGCACAAGCCGCAACAGGGUGACGCUUCCCCGGUCUGGAGCGGGCUCUGUUUUCUCGUCUGUGGGAUGUGUGGAGUGCUGUGUGCUCGCAAGAGGACAGGGCUUAUUAUGAUCCUGUUUUCAGCCUGCUGUAUCUGUGGUCUGAUCGGUGGAAUCCUCAACUUCCAGUUUGUCCGUGCGCUCAGCAAAAAACCCAGCUCCAUGCAUUCAGUCCACCUGGCGGCAAUGACACUUGCAUGCCUGGGGAUAUCGUCUUGCACAUUGUCGACGUGGCUCACCUGUCGACUGGCCAGCUCCGAACAGCAGAGGAUGUUUUUGGAAAGGGAACACUCGCUGCAUCACUCUCAUGAGAUGACCGACAAGGAGACCCUGGACAAUUCUAGUAGUAAUGGAAUUCCACAAAUCUCCUACAACGGACACACUGCAACAUCACCGUGACAACAUGGUGAUAUUACUGAUAUUAAUACAGCUCUCACCAAUAGGGAAAUAGCAUGUGAUUCUUUCUUUAUAUCUUCAGACAUUAUCGUUGUGACUGCAGGGAUGCAUCAGACAUAUUAUCUUAUCUGGUUUGUGGCUGAAGUGAAACCACUUUUGGCUGAUCAACCACAGUAUUAAAUAUGCAAUGUUUUUUUAUGCUCAGUUAAACCAAAGUGAGGCUAAAGACCUCUUAAUGGUAACCUCUAAACUCUUAACCUGUAAGGGUCAACUUUAUCCAAUCAGAUUCAACAAAGUGAUGAGCACAAAGAAGCAUGCGUCUGUUUGAAGAGCUAUUUCCUCGUGCUAUGGAUUUAUUGAAUGCAGAUCUUACAUCAGAACACAGUAUAUAUACAUAGUCUCAUAAUGGAAUGAUUUAACACAAAAUGAUACUUAUUACUGUAUAUCCAUGCUUGUAUAUGUAUAACUGUAUAUUGUUAUGUCUAUAAAUUAAAAUUAUUUUUAUAAAUGCUUCUUAUAAAAAGGUACUCGAUUAAAGUAACAAAUCUGCCUCA